UUUUCACUUUGCAUUUCCUUUUCCUAUGUGCAAUGGCGUCUGGGACCCUGUUUACAUAUCCCGACAACUUCAGAGCCUUUAAGGCUCUAAUUGCUGCCAAAUAUAGCGGAGCAGACGUGAAAGUCUCACCCGGCUUCAAAUUCGGGGAAACCAACAAGUCCAAAAGCUUUUUGGAAAAGUUCCCACUGGGAAAGGUUCCAGCUUUUGAAUCAGCAUCUGGAGAUUGCCUGUUUGAAAGUGAUGCCAUUGCACAAUAUGUAUCCAAUGCACAGCUGAUAGGAGCCAAUGCCAGAGAUGCAGCCUUUGUGCAACAGUGGAUUCAUUUUGCCGAGAACGAAAUUCUGCCAGCAUUAUGCACAUGGGUUUAUCCAUGUCUUGGAAUCAUACAAUACAACAAACAGGAAACAGAGAAAGCUAAAGAACAGAUUAAAAAGGCACUUGGAUUAUUAAAUGGAUAUUUAUCAAAACGUACUUUCUUAGUGGGGGAGAGGAUUUCACUUGCUGACAUUGCCGUUGUUUGUGAUCUGCUUCUUCUUUACAAGCAUGUGUUGGAUCCAUCUUUCCGGUCCUCCUUUGUCCAUACCAAUAGAUGGUUCACCACUCUCAUCAACCAGCCCCAGUUUUCUGCUGUGAUAGGACCUUUCCAGAUGUGUACAAAAAUGGCUGAAUUUGAUUCUAAAAAGUAUGCUGAACUGCAUGGCCAGCAGGGAGGUGGUGGAAAGAAAGAAAAAAAGGAAAAACAACCUAAACAGGAAAAGCAGGCACCUAAGAAGAAAGAAAAAGAACCUGAACCAGAAGAAGAAGAUGAGCCCAAACCAAAGGAAUCAAAGGAUCCAUUUGCCUCAUAUCCCAAGGGAACAUUUAAUAUGGAUGAAUUCAAAAGGGAGUAUUCUAACAAGGAUACAUUGACAGAGGCAUUGCCAUACUUCUGGAAGAACUUUGACAAGGAAAACUUUUCUAUUUGGUUUAGUGAAUAUAAGUAUAAUAAUGAGUUGAGCAGAAUCUUCAUGACAGCAAAUCUUGUUGGAGGAAUGUUUCAACGAUUGGAAAAACUAAGGAAAAAUGCAUUUGCAAGUGUGUGUGUGUUUGGUGAAGAUAACAACAAUUCUAUAUCUGGAAUAUGGGUUUGGAGAGGACAUGACCUUGCCUUUGAGCUUUCACCAGACUGGCAAAUAGACUAUGAAAGUUACAACUGGACUAAGUUAAAUCCUGAUGAUGAGAAAACAAAGAAGCUUGUGAAGGAGUAUUUUGCCUGGGAGGGUGAUUUUGAUGGGAAAAAAUUUAACCAAGGCAAAAUUUUCAAGUAGACAUUGAACUGGAAAAUGCUGACACUGAACUGGAAAAUGUUGUUGACUAUUUAAAAAUGAACGUCUGGUGCAACAAAA